AUGUCGACAACAUCCAGGAAUCUCGAGGCCUGCCCCUACACAUCUGUCUUCUAUUCGUACCUGGGGAUAGCCUGCGGUCUUGCGUUUUCGUGUCUUGGAAGCGCAUAUGGCACCGCGAAAUCUGGGAAAGGAGUUGUGGCCUCUGGGGUCAUGAAGCCCAGCGCAGCCAUGAAGAAUACUCUUCCGGUCAUCAUGGCAGGUAUCCUUGGGAUUUAUGGGCUCAUCAACGCUAUAGUCACCAAUACAAGCCUCAGCAGUCUUGGGACUGAGGUUCCUCUCUUCCGCAGCUUUGCUCACCUUGCAGCCGGGCUCUGCACGGGUCUGUCUGCGCUUGCAGCUGGGAUAGCCAUUGGGGUGACUGGUAACGCUGGUGUCCGUGCUGUGGCGCGAAAGCCCAAGCUCUUUGUUGUCAUGCUCUUGACCCUCGUCUUUGGCGAGGCUCUGGCCCUCUAUGGUCUUAUCAUUGCCCUAAUUCUCAACUUCAGCGGCAGCAAUGGUGGGAACAUUUGCGUGCAGCAGUGA